AUGCUCAAUAUUUUAUUUCUAAAGUUAAUUAUCUUCGGUAUUAUAAUAGUCAACGGUGAAAUCAAAACUGAAUCAGUACAAUACGAAAGUGUUUUUAAUAAACCACAAUUCUAUAACCAACAACGAAAACAAGUACAACAAAAUGCUGGUCAAAAAUGGUACUACACAUCCAAUCAACAACCAUCGGCUUAUUCAUGGUAUUGGACCAAUAAUGAUGCACCCUCAAAACAUUUCUAUAAAAGCACUUUACCAAAUCAUCAAGCUGAUCAACUGUCGCAUUGGGCGUGCGGAAGAAGUCAAGUAACAAAUCGAUUCGGACGUAUUAUGGGCGGACAAGAUGCUGCACCUCAUUCAUAUCCAUGGAUGGUUUCGUUAGCGAAAAGGUCACUCAAUAAUUUGCAUUUAUGUGGAGGAGUUCUAUUAACACGACGUCACGUUUUAACUGCUGCACAUUGUAUAGAAGAUUUUGAAGGCAUUGGCGAUAUGAAUAUACUAACCGGAAUUCAUUAUAUAACUGAGAAGAGAAAACCAAUAUCUGCAUUAUCAAUUGAUAUACAUCCUCAAUAUGAUGCCGACACAUUUGCUAAUGAUGUUGCAAUAAUAACUUUAGCUUCGAUAUUACCUGAAAAUGAUCCACGUAUAGGCACAAUUUGUUUACCGCCGGAUGACGGUAUAGGAAAAACUUAUCCGUCUCCAGAAUCGUCUGCUAUUGCAAUCGGUUGGGGUUCAACGUCAUUUGGUGGUCGUCCAUCUACAUCACUAAGACAAGUUGUUUUACCUAUUCUUGAAACAACAAAAUGGCCGUGCAACAUAUAUGUGACCUAUUCUCAAGGACAAAUCUGUGCGGGACAACUCAGUGGCGGCAUUGAUACAUGUCAAGCGGAUUCAGGCGGACCAUUAAUGGUAGAAAAUGCAGAUAGCCGCUGGGAAAUAAUAGGUAUUACAUCAUUUGGUAAAUCAUGGUAG